CGGCAAUCAAAAAGCGUUUUUCCUUUUCCUUUCGCCUCCACCACUGAUAUUUUAUAACCACCUUUUUGUGAGGUAUUUUGGCAGUCCACGACUACUAUAUAUCCUGUCUUCAUCUUCUCCUCAUCUUCUUACUGAGGACCUUUUCUCUGCCAAAGACAAAUCUUCGAAAAUACUUAUUCGGGCUACUUCUCUUCUUCCCAUAAUCUGCAAUCCUCAACACAGUGGUGUCGCUACACCCGACAAUUUCCAACUCUGCAAUUACUCGGCACAACACCCAACCCUUUCACGCUUCGCAAGCAUAGGGAGGCUGCCACAGUCCUUCCUAUCUCUGCAACACUACUUUCCCACCCUGGCGCUCGAUCGCGAUUUUCAUUUCAACGCCUUCAAGUUGGCGGGCGUCACGAUUGCCACCAUUUCCCUCAUCCGCCCAUUGCUAGGCACGGGCAUCGCAUACAUGUUCUUCUGCGGAACCACCACUCGACCACCAUAACUGGCCCUUCGGUGCCACGGCUUUAUCCGGCCAAAAAGAGGCCGGCCAGAUUUUCACACUUGAUUCAAUAGACUAGAAAGAGACGGAAUCGAACCAGAAUUAGAUUUUUUUGGUAUUAGCGGCCAAGGCGCUGCUGUUUCUUCUAGAUCUGGCUUGGAAAGAGGAAUAGAGCACUGCACAUAGUGCGUUUGAGAACGCAAAGAACAUCCAAACCCGGUUGACUCAGACAAAAUGUCGUCUUCCGGAUCGAUUCACGACCAGGAGCGGAUGGAUAGCCGCUACAGCACACCUGCCCCGGAGCUGGAUGACCAUCGACGCCACAGAGGCUUGCCUCCAUCACAAAGCCCCAUGGCUGUCCCUUUUGUGGAAUUACAACUUUCGAGUCCACAGCCUGGUACUCUGGACCAACACAACCUAAGUGAGGUCGAUUCGGCGUUGCUCAAUACGCUCGGACAUGACAGGAACACAAUCGCUCGUGAUUUUGAGCAUGCUAUCGUCGACGACGAUAAAAGUGAUGUCGACGUUCAACCCCCGCAAAGACGAAACUCGAAUCGUGCUCGCCAGAUGACCAACAGAGACGGGCGUCCACGCAUGGUUGUCCCGAAACAUGACCGUUCCCGGGAUAGCUCCUCCUCUCGAUCAACAUCACCAGCAAACUCCAUCGAGGCUUUUGCCGAACCGCGUCGUCGUCAGCGCGCCAAUACGGCCGAGAGUGUGUCGUCAUCGCUUAUAGACAACAUUCGGCACCGGGCUGCUUCCAUUGGCACCAACACCAGACGGCCGACCCUCAGCACCAUCAGCGUUCCCGGUGGCCUAACUCAGAGAACUGAUCGCGAUUUCAAUGAUGAGGUCACCUUCCCAACCGACGAGGAACCUGGGAAAACUUACAAGAUCGACUUCGAGGAAUUGGAAGAAUUUGUGGCUCUCUGCGCACAGGGGAAGUACCAGGACGAAUAUCAACCUGAGGUCGCAGGAGACGGCCGUGUGUUUGAGGACCUCCGAAAGCAUGGAGGAUCUGGAGAGGUGCCAAAUGCUGUUCUGAACGGCGACAAUUUCUACGACAAAGCGCUUGUACACCACGGCACCAACCACAGCUCGUCCUCGGACGAGGGAUUCGACCUGAAGAAGCCCAGCCAAGUGCAGGCAUCCGACCGAUUUUUCCUUUUCACCUCCGAGUUGACUCAUGGCAAGAGUGCCGAUAAAUUAGGCGACCUUGUCUCUGAUGGCACCACCUUUAGAGACCUUUUUGACGUUGGUCCAGAUGGUGGUGUCUGGUGGCUCGAUGUACAAAAUCCUACCAAAUCCGAACUCGAGGCGCUCGCGAAAGCAUUCAAAAUUCAUCGCUUGACGCGGGAAGACAUUGAAACUCAAGAAGCUCGCGAGAAAGUCGAAUUGUUCUCGCAGUACUAUUUUGUGUGUUUUCGCUCGUUUAUCAUGGACCGCAAUCACGAAGACUUCUUGGAUCCUAUUCACAUCUACAUUGUGGUCUGCGGGGACGGUGUGCUGAGCUUCUCGUAUCAGCCAAAUCCGCAUGCACGGAAUGUCCGCAAGCGUAUCGCUAAGCUCGGUGACUUCCUGAGCCUGGGACCUGAUUACAUUUGCUAUGCGAUGAUCGAUGACAUCGUGGACACCUUUGCUCCGAUCAUCCGCGAAGCAGAGCACGAAUCCGAGAAUAUCGAAGACCAAGUGUUCAUCGCUCGCGAGGACGAUUUUCUCGCCCUACUCCGGCAGAUUGGCGAGUGCCGCAAGCGUGUGCUCAACAUGAUGCGUCUAUUGGGCGGCAAGGCCGAUGUUAUCAAGGGCUUCGCCAAGCGAUGCAAUGAGCAGUACGAAAUUACUCCACGAGGCGACAUUGGAUUGUAUCUGGGCGAUAUUCAGGAUCACGUUGUCACAAUGAUGUCCAACCUGGGUCACGUGGAGAAGAUGUUGUCUCGAUCUCAUGCCAACUACCUGGCGCAACUGAAUGUAGACAACAUCGUCAAAGGCAACAAAACGAACAAAACCUUGGCGCGGAUUACAGUCGUCGGCACAAUUCUCGUGCCGCUGAAUCUGGUGACGGGUUUGUUUGGCAUGAACGUCCAUGUGCCGGGCGAGGGUGUGGGAGGACUGCAUUGGUUCUUUGGCAUCCUCGGGGGGAUUCUCGCUUUCGUCUGUUUGUGUUUGCUGGUUGCCAGACGACUGAGAGCAAUUUGAUGAAGAGUAUUGAAGGGCAAUCUUGGGUUCCCGGAUCUCCUGUGAUUUUCUUUGUUUUGGUUUCUGUAGGUUCAGAUGGACAGUCGUGAAGGGUUUUCUCGAUUUGAGGUGGCAAUUGACAGAAAAGUUAGAAUCGUUGCACUUUGAUAUUCUCUUUUGUGGUAUAGACACAAGUCUCAAGUCCGGUAGACAUAGAUGUCUGCUUAGCAGUUGAUAUACCAAUACCAGUACUUACAACAUG